AUGGCUCCCCUGGGCAAGAUCGCAAUUCUCGGCAUUGCUGCCCUUUUCAUCGCCAGCUCUGCUGUGCCCCUUGCCGGAACCACCGCCGAUGACGAGGUCAUGGAUCUUUAUGAGCAGUCUGCCGAGGUCUUGAAUGACAACGGCCGGCCUGCACCUGUAUUGAAGCCUCGCAGUGCGAGCCCUGGUCGCGGCCGCGAGCAGAGCCGUGACGGAAGCCCCGGCCGUGACCAAAUCUGGGGCCGUGAUAGAAGUCGCGAGAAGAGCCUCGACGGUGGCCAUGGUGGCGGCAAUGGCGACUACAGCCGCAAGCGGCACCAGAGUAACGGUGGUCACAAGGACAACAAUGAAAGUCACAGCCGGGACCACAACUAG